AUGCUGUUCGAGGCCGUCCAGAGCGGCGACCUCGACCGGGUGCGCCAGCUGCUGGACGGCGGAGCGGACGUGAACGCGCGCGACGACAAGUUCUUCAACACGGCGCUCCACCGGGCGGUGUUCGCUCGCCAGCACCGGCUUCCCCUCAUCGAGCUGCUGGUGGCCCGCGGUGCCGACUGCGAUGCGCUCAACAAGAAGCGCCAGACGGCGGCCGAACUCGCCCUCGCCAACGGGCUCGAGGAGGUGGCCAAGCAGCUGGUGCGCUGCGAAACCGAACCGCUCGACGACCACCGGGCGUACUAUCGGCUGAUCCGGCGCGGCAACCUGCAGCUGUUCGAGUACCUGAUCUCGCUCAAGCGGCUCCGGUACGAGGACGAGAUCCUGAUCAUUGCCCGCGCGUACGGCGAGCUGCGGCUGAAGAACGUGCCGCUCGACGAGCCGAUGGAGUCGUAUCUGACCGAGAUCCUGAUCAACCACGACUACUGGCUGCGCAACGACGGUGCGACGCGGGCGGACGUCCGGCGGGAGAAUGUGCGUCGCCUGCGGGCUAUCGUCGAGAACGUGCAGGAGCUGUGCCGGGCCUACACCGGCCACAAUCUGAUGGACGUCGACAGCCUGUUCCUGCUGCGACUGUCCUACAUCCUCGAGAAUCUGUUCUUCGUGCGAAACCACUACAAACAGUUGCCCCUGCAUCACAUGGAAUUCUGUAUCGGUAUAUUCCUGCACAUCUGGAAAAAUCCACCCCGGUAUGACAUCUACAAAAUGCUCGUUGACAAGCGGAAGUUGCUCCUUUAUCUGAGCGCCGUUGCUGGCGAGCUUAAGAAGAUCCUCGCCCUUCCCGGCAACGCGGUUCCCGAUGGUGCCAUGCGUACGUCCAGCCUUUCGUCGUCAUCGGAAGAACGCAGCGGCUCCACUGGAAGCUGCUCGAGCACGACGACAAGUGCGACCAGCGUACCGAAGCAGCGUCCCGGAAAGUUUCGCUGGACGACCGAACGGAACCGUGAGCUCAUGUUUUGCCACUACGUAGUCGUUGCUGGCGGUGAGAGUGAUGGAAGUUCCGAUGGUCAACGAUAUCGCACGCGAUUGCACGAACUCUGGACCGAACGGCAGCGUACGUUGGCCUGCUCAAGCUCGUCCGGCGACGACAGUGCGUUUGAUGAGCCCGCCUGCGAGCUGUCCGAGCAGAACCUUCUGACGCAGCAGCGGAAGAUCGUGCGCGAACAGCUACUGCCCGAGGACGUGCAGCGGAAGGUAGAGAUGGAAGCGGUGGGGUACCGGUAUUAUCUGCACUCCGCACGCCCGAAGCUGUCCGACAAGCACCGGAAGGUGUUCCGUAAGCUGGCUAAGAGCUAUCGGAGAAUGAAGGAACUGCACGCCAUCAACCGGGCGCUCAGUUACAUCGAUUCGGUGUUCGACCUCGAUUGGGCGUCCGAUCGUGAAAUCAAAACGCUAGCCAUGAAGCGAGUGGUGCAAGUGAUCUGCGAGACGUUACGAGGUGGACGUGAUACACCAACCAUCACGAGGCAUGCGGAAAGCUUCAUAAACAUCGUGACACCACAACGAAUCCUUGCCAGUGCGAAGAUCCGGGACUAUCUGUCCCACUACCGUCGGGGUGGAGAUCUACUCUCGCUCCUGCCAACCGGCUGCACCUCAGAACACUCCCCAGAGCAGCUUCACAUUAGCGACGACACGCUGGACUACGAGGAGGUGCACCGUAACCUCAAGAUCCUACGGUCUCUGUUCCUGUUCGCACAGAACCUGCAGUACAUACUCGCAAUCAAAACACUCAUCAACCGCCUGUACGAUAGCAAGAGCCUGCAGGAGAUCAAGUCCUACUAUGCGUACCUCUUCCGCCAUAAUUCGUCCGACUAUCUGCAGGAUCUGGAGUUCGCUCCGUUCACACUGCUCGAGAUCGGUACGCUGUUGGACGCGAUCGCCGACGAGUACCGCCGGCACGAGCUUCCCCCAAACGAGCGGCUCGAACGGAUGCGCACCCGUUUGGCCAACGAAAUCGACAGCUACAAGGUGCUGCACCGACAGUUCAGCAACACGAUCCUCAUGGUGGACUGUCUGAUAUCGAAGAUCAAAUCGAACCACAACCACGACAAAAUCCGACACACGUUCCGCUCGCACCUACAAGUCUUCCAGCGGAAUCAGUCGAUCGAUCGGCAAGUGUUGGUGCAGUUGCGCAACGCCCUGCUGGGAUACUUCUACGAGGAUCUACCGGAACUGCGGCGGAGAAGCACCCUCGAGCAACGGCUAGCGCUGCUUGUAGUUCGCGUGUUGUACACAAUCGAUGCUCAACUGUACAGAAAACUUGCUGACCCUCGAGAACCACCCGUCCUGCAGCUCACGAGCAGUGGGAGCGUCCUGCUGAAGCGACUGGAAGAAACGACCGGCGUUCGCCUACCGGUACCCAUCAACGAUCCCAUCUUCAGCAAGAUGCGAGACAACCCGUCAAAGCGGUAUGAUCUACUAAGGCAACUUCUCCGGAGGCAUCGGGUGGCCUACGGUGGUAAUCUGCUUGCCGAUCUGCGCCGCGAAGAAGAACGUGCGACCGAGGAGAAGGUAGCCCAGCUGCAGAAACUGUUUCUCGAUCAAAACAUGAACAUGAAAACGUUCGACCGCACGGAUGAGAUCGCGUUCGAGAUGCUAAUGCUGGAAGCGACGAACGCACUGUCGGGAAAGUUGGCGAACAAUCGGGACAGUCUAUGCAACUACGUGCCAGUGCUGACGGGGCGCAACCUGCGAAACUACCUCGCGCACGGACACAUCACCUACGAGAUACUGAUACCGAACGUGAGCCCCAAAACGAUCAUUCUGAAUGCGCUCAGCGUGAUCAAGCUUUCGAAGAACAUCAUCUCCGAGAUCUACGAGCGGCAUCGGUGGAGCUUCGAGGAUAAGGUGACCCUGCUGAAGCAUCAAGAAACCAUCCUGGGAGGUUUCCGGUAUCAGAGUUGCAGCGAGGCACGGGCAACGAUCCGUGCGGAAGCGUACCUACUGGGACAAAGUCACCUGGGCUACGGGAUCAUCGAUCAUCUGAUACAGCAGCAGAGCUGCAUGCUGCUCGGUCAUCUGCUGGACUUUGACCGGGUGGACGAGUUCCUGAAACCGUUGGCCUACCUUAUGGAGCCGGUUACUGCCAUACCGGGUGGGCGCCCACUGCAUAGCGUACUCGGGGAUGUGAGGGCACGUCGGGAGUUCUGCUACAACCUAGCGGUGCUGAGUAAUGACGAGGACAUCCUAUCAAAGAUCGUAGCCGACUUCGGCUACGGCCAGAUCGACGCCAUCCCGAUGGUGUACAACUUCGACCGAUUGUUCGCCAGCUUCCUUGAAACGCACCCCGAUUACGACGUGAACGCGGACAGCAACACCGAAAUCCUUCACUACGCCGUGCAGUCGGGAAAUGUGGAGUUGCUGAACCUCCUGCUCGAUCAGUGCCACGAUCUGAACUUGCGCGACGCCUUCGGCCAAACCCCGCUCGAUGUGGCCUGCAAGCUGAGCAACGUAGAGAUGGUGAAAGCGUUGACAAACGCCGGGGCCAAGUGGUACACCAACGGUGAGCACGGCUGCAGUCAGUACUCGUGGAUCUUCCUCAACAACGACCAGGACACAAUCGUGUUUCUCAAAAACAACGAUCUACUCAGUGCGAAGGUGGCGAGUGCGUGCAUCGACCUGUUCCUUCAGUACUGCGACGACACGAACGAAGAGAUCGUCGAGUUUAUGCUGGCCAACAAUGGUGUCGAGUAUGGCGAUCUGUACACCAAAGCGGCCACCUUCCGCCGGUUGCACGUGCUGCAGUUUCUGUUCGAGAGUGAUCGCAAGGCAAAGUUCAAUGUGAACCGAAAAGAUUCGACCGGCCAGGGGAUGACACCGUUACACGCCGCUUCAAGCCGAGGGUACGUCGAUGUGGUGGAACUACUGCUACGCCAUGGGGCCAACGUUCAGGCGAAGGAUACGAACGGAAACAGUGCGCUCCACUUUGCGGUGGAGUGUGGAAACGUACGCAUAGUGAGGGCACUUUUGCGCCACGGUGCUUCGAUCGGUGUACGGAACUCGCUCGGUAAAAGUCCUCUCGAGCUAUCACUGGAUGGUGCACCGGCACGGCUUACCCGAACGCUUCUCGGCAGUGGACAACCGGUGGAGAAUGUUAUCCUACCGGAGUACCUCGACAAUUGCACCCUGGUGGAGAGGCUUCAGAAGUUAACGGGCAAGUUCGAGUAUUGUCUUUCCCCGGCAGACAGUUUUGGCGAUAGUUUCACUCCACUCCACCAAGCGUCCAACGAGCGGGUAUUCGAAAAGUUCUUAAAGCUAUACGACAUUGACGUGCCCAGCCCACGGUACGCAACCACUCCGCUUCAUCUGGCCUGCCUCUGUAAUGAGCUACGGCGUGUGAAACUCCUCCUCAAGCAUGGCGCAAACCCUACGCUCGAGAAUAGUGAAGGAGUUACACCACUCCAGCUGGCCGUAGGUAACCGCAACACGCCACUGGUGCGGACUCUUCUCGAGCACAAUAGCCGCAACGGCAAACUGACCGAAGACCUCGAUGUAGUGCUUGCGAUCGCCGUCAAGAAGUGUGCCCUCGACAUCGCAAACCUAUUGCUCCAGAAAGGGGCCUCGAUAGAGACGAUCGGCAAAACGUUGAUCGCACUCUCACCUCCACCUCGGGGCGGUAAGACAUCUCUGCAGCAACAACAACAACAACAACUACCAUCACAGCAUCAGCUUCUCUUUGGGGCCGCCCGUGAAGGCUACAGUCGGAUAUUGGAGUACUUGCUAGAGAGUGGACUGUUCGAUGUCAACAGUAAGGAUACAAUCGGAUCGACACCCUUGUUCCACGCGCUUGCCGGCGCUCCACUAGAAACACUUGACAUCCUGCUCCAACAUGGCGCCGACGUGGAACAUCGGAAUCGAUUCGGUCACAAUGUGCUCUCGAUUGCAACGAUGGCCGGACGGUUGGAUGUGAUCCGGUACUGCGUCAACAACUGUCCGGAAGUUGUGCGGUUCGUAGUGGACGCCGAAUGCGACACGGACAACACCGUCCUGCACAUGGCCGUUCUACGAGGUGCCCUCGACAUUGUGCGCUACUGCGUCGACCUGCAUCUCGCCAACGGGUACGGAUUGAACGCACAAAACCAGGAAGGCUUCACCGCCCUCCACAUCAGCGCCCAAACGGGUGCCGAAGCGAUCUUUCGUCACCUUCUAGGGGCCGGUGCCGACCCGUCCAUUACCUCUGCCAACGGUCAGUCAAUCCUACAUACAGCGAUCUGCAAUCAAAACCUCGCGAUCGUUUGUGCGAUCCUCGGAACGCCGGUGCAACCGAUCGAACGAGAACUUCUGCUCGAUCUGGAACAACGAUCUCCUCUGCACUACGCUGUCUUCUCCCGUAACGUUACGGUCGUACGGGAGAUUCUCAAGCUUCCACAACUCCCGCUAAACCACUGCGACGCACGGGGCAACACGGCGCUGCAUCUAGCGGCCGAAUUUCAAGCCAUCGACAUCUACAACCUACUCCAGAAACGUGUCGACAACGAGCUGCGCAAUGCCAAUGGGAAGCGCGCCAUCGAUAUACUGCUACGCAAGUGA